CCGACCUCCGGACCUCCGGACGUCCGCACACGGUACCGGAACCCUUGAGCCUUCGGGGUGCGACCGCAGUGAUGCCGCGCCAGGUCUCUUUUUCCGUGAAAUGCACCGACACCCGCGUGGGCCUGCACGUGCGUGUGGUAGGCAGCGUGCCUGCCUUGGGAGAGUGGGACCCGCACAAGGGUAUCGCUCUCCACACAUCGGCCGCCGACUUCCCCCUAUGGAAGCAGACUCAGCCAAUGCCCUUGGAGGAGGGGAGCGUCGUAGAGUACAAGUACGUGAUUUGCGACAACAGCGGCGCUGGCGUGCGGUGGGAGGAGCGAACCAAUCGCGCUGUGCAUAUUGCAGACCUUGUUGAGCGCGGGCUGGUGCCUCCCAACGGCGUGCUCGCUGUCACAGAGAACUGGGUGGCCUACGACCCCGAGGAGUUCCGCUUCAGGUUCGCGCGUGGUAGCUUCGAGCGUGUCCGCUCCAACUCCUCUAAGCUGGGGAACAGGUCUCGGGAAGGCAGCAUGGUCCUGCCGGAGCAUUCAGGACAAGGAGGAAUGGUCGGCACCACCUCCUUGUCCGACCUCCUGGCGCCCACCGUGCGCGAGCGCAAGCCUUCGAAGAUUGGGCUGGACUGCAUGGGUGGCUACCGCCGUGACUCAGCGGUGCACCUGAACGAUGUGGAAGCAGAUGCUCCGGAGUGCGUCGAAGCCAAGGCGCCCACACCGCAAGCCUCAAGCAUUGCAGGUGACACGGGCAUGGUCCGUGAGGAGAGCUGCUCGAACCUCUUUGACGACUAUCAGCCUGAAGAAACCACCGUGCCGGACAAAUCCGAGUUUGAAGACAAGUAUGCGCUGGUGGGCAAUGGGCCCCUGGGGGAAGGCACCUUUGGUUUGGUCUGGAGGUGCACGCCCAAAUCUGGGGCAUCCAAGUGCAAGGAUAAGGAGAUGGCAGCGAAGAUUGUGCGAAAGGCCCGCUUGCAGCCCCGAGACAUGAAGUACCUCUUGGGAGAUGAUGGAGAGGUGAAGCUCCACCUGACAAUGAAGCACCCACACAUCUGCGAGCUUCUGGAGUAUUUCGACGAGCCCAGCACCGUGACGUUGAUACUGGAGUACUGCCGUGGCGGCGAUCUCUUCGACGCCAUCGUGGCCCAGUCAAAGAACACUGGGCGUGGCUUCACGGAGAAGCAGGCGAUCAUCGCAACGCGGCACGUCCUGUCUGCCCUGGAGUAUCUCCAUCGUCAGAAGGUGGUGCACCGCGACAUCAAGGCCCUGAGCUGCCCUUGGGGGUGCUGGGGAUUGUCGGAUUGGCGGGAGGAGCCCUGCAGGCACUGGCUGACUCGCGUGCCCUUGCCGCCGCUGCUGCUGAGAAGCGGAAAGGAGGCCUGCCGAUCGCAGAGGAAGCCCCCAAGCGACUUGGCAAAGCUGAAGUGCAACGCGAUGCUCGACAUGCUGCGGUUUCCCGAGGACCCUCGCGCCUCCGAGCUGAUAGAAGUCUUCGACCGGGCACACGCGCAAGCCGUGGCCCGGCACAAGAACACGGGAGAGGAUGCACAUCAUGCGCCUGCCCUGCGGAAGGCCAAGCGCGCUGUGCAGGAGAGCCUGGCGCGGGGAGACAACCUGACGCUGUCGUCCCUGCACACACUGAAGGGCGUUGGGCCUAUGGCCCAGAGGCACUGGGUGGUCACCCAGUUGCGCGAGCACCUGGAAGGCGUUGGCUACGGCCAGAGGCGCCGAUCGCCCCAAAGCGCCGCCGAGCAAGCGGGCGCGACAGGCCGGGGCCAAUCGGGCGCAGAGGUGUUCCUGGCCUCCCGGGCUCGGCAGUUCAGUUCCUUCCUGGUCCUCGCUGGGCGCAUCACCUCUGCGACAACCUUUGACCCCUCCUACGCAGCCAUCGUGCAGAAUAAGGAUGAGCUGACUAUUCCACUGGAACUCUCGAUGAUUCCGACACCCAAGGAGUUCAAGGACGCGAUCAGCUCCUUGUCCCCGGAGAUGCAGUCCUUCGCCAAGUCCUUCCGCUCCAUGCAGCUGGAGAGCACCCUCUUUGGCGUGGUGGUGGUACAAAUCAAGCCGCAGUUGGAGAAGCUCUUAAACCUCGCGGAGGACAGCCUCACCAAGGAGAUCAAGCUGACGCAAGACCUCAUGGAGCUGUUUAUGAAGUAUCAGAUCCCAAGUGACCUGCUCUCCUUUGAUGAGGAGGCUUCAGGGGAUUUGAGGGGCCCCAAGCGCGUGGACGUUGUGAAGGGCCACGUGCAGGCCAUGACUGACAUGAUCAACGCGGAGAAGCAGGCGGAAGUGGAGGCCGCCAGACAGGCCGCGCUCUACGCAAAUCCUUUUCCCGGAGGCCCGGGCGUCCUUAGAUCGAGCAGCUCCAUGAUGUCAGACGACGAGGAUGAGAUGGAAGAAUGCCGGGCCAUGGAAUGUUGUAUGAAGGAGUGCGAAGAGGCCAUGGACGACUGCUUUGACCUUGCUCCCUCGGCGCCGAUGCCAGCGCGAGGCAGCGCCAUGCGAAGCGAAACGAAGAAGGCAAAGAUGGAGUCUGAUGCUGGUGGCGACAGGUCCGCCCCCGCGGCCAAGCAGCCGGGCCAGCCGACGCAGCCGACGCAGCCGACGCAGCAGGGCCAGCCGAGCCAAGCGGCGGGCCAUGAGGCUGGUUCAGCUGUGGUCUUCAGGGACUACACCAAGGUGCCGAAGCAAAUGGACGAGCAGUUUGAACGGCUGGCGCCGGAAAGCGCUUUGCGGCCCACGAUCCUCAACGUGGGCAGCGCCUGGUCCAAGCGAAGCCAAAGGGCGCUGCUGGCUGAGCCGACGAGCGCCACCUUGGGGCCCGACGAGCAGAAGAGCCAGAAGGAUGCGGCCUUCGACUUACUGGACGCAAUCACCAAGUCGGGGGCCUUGCCGCUGAGCCACGCGAGCCUGCACAUCGUCAUCGCAGCAACUCAUUGCUUCGACAAGACGGUGACAGAAACCGUGGUCCAGGAGAACUGCAACCCCAUCGAGCGAGUGGAGCGAUCCAGCUUGAUCAUGGCCUCCACGGUGCAUCAGGAGCCUGCGCGGGCCUUGGUCAACGAGGCGGUGCUGCAGCGGGUGGCCGGUGCCAGCCCGCAGCUGCUGGAUGCCUAG